CGAUCAGCAACCGAACAACAACAAGCAGCCCGCCAGCCCGCCAGCCAACCCGUCUCGCCCGCGUGUGUGUGUGCUUUUGGCGUGCGUGUCCGCUGUUCGAGUGCAACGGCUUGCAACGACGACGGAGUGCAGACAAGUGGUUAAAAGGCGACGAGAGCGAACGAUCCGAGCCGUCCUGGUGUCUGGCAGGCCCGGUCUGGAACCCGUAAGGCGCUAGCGAGCCGCACCAGUGCCAAUAAUGACCACUUUGUCACAUCCGUUCAAAGACAGCCCGGAGCCGCUGGAAGUGCCCAAGCAGUACGCCGCCGACGUGGACGCAUUCUACGACUGGGCAAAGGCCCAGCCACGGUUUCCCGGUUUCUCCAAGAACCAUGCCCACCUCUUUCUGCACGCGUGCCUCUGGGACGUGGACGACGCCAAGAAGGCGAUGCAGAAGUAUGCCCAGAUCCACGCCAACUCGCCCGAAAUAUUCGACAACCGGGACAUCAUGGGGGCCGGAGUGCAGAUGACGCUGAACGCCACUCACAUGGUUGCGCUGCCGCGGCCAACACCGGAAGGCUACCGGCUGCUGUACUACCGGCUGUCCGACACCGACCCGUCCAAGAUGAACUUUGCCGAGGCCGUCAAAUCGUUCUGCAUGUUCAACGACGCGCAGAUCAGCAUGGACGGCAUCGUCGAGGGCUACAUCGUCAUCUUCGACAUGAAGGGCGUCCGGCUGGGGCACCUGGCGCGCGUCCAGUUCGGGCCGCUGCGAGUCUUCAUGAGCUACAUCCAGGACGCGCACCCGGUGCGCCUGAAGAAGAUCUACAUCGUGCACACCGCGUCCUUCAUCAAUCAGGUGAUGGCCCUGGUGAAGCCACUGAUCCGGUCGGAGCUGCUGGGGCUGCUGCAGUUCACGGCGUCCGGCCCGGAGGAGAUCGUCGGGGUUGACUACCUGCCGAAGGACUUCGGCGGACCGUACGAGGAGGUGGCCACGAUGCACGCGGACCAGAAGCGGCGUCUGGAGACGGAGUAUCGCGACUGGCUGACGGAUUCGAGCGCCCUCAAGGAGGCGCCCAAGCAGAAGAACGGUGGUGGGCCGGCCAGCUCGAACGCCGCCAUCAAGCCACCGGUGAAAGCGUUCCGGGGACUGGAGAUUGAUUAGCGAAGGGGGUCGCGACGGCCGGACGGAUCAUGUGGCCAUCUUCUCCACUUCGCCGCACACCCGCGGCGACCGCGACGGAAGGGAGUCCUUCAAGUUCCAUCAUCGCCGCCACUCGUUCUCACCAACCCAGCUACCGUAACUUCCUUCGGUACCUUCCUUCCGUCUCCGAGUUGCCGCAACGGAUUGACCGGAAGUGGAAGGGGACCGGGAAUUUUGUGUUUUGACAACUGAUUUUUGCGGGCGCAUUCUUCAAUGGCUUUGUUUCAAAUGUUUGUUUUUAUUCGUCUACAUCUAUUGCUCAUUAUCGUAAGGCCGGUUGUAUGUGUGUGUGUGUUAUCUGUGUGUGUGCGUGCUUGUUUGCUGCGUCAACGCGGCGGCGGACCCGGAACCACGUUCUAGUUGGAAUUGUAAAUAAAGGCAACUGAGGCGAGAACGGAAGGACGGUGGUUUCAGUUGCG